UUUGUGACAUAAAUUCUCCGGCCUUUUACUUGUUAGGUUCGUAACAGCCUCGCUUAAACCACGUGAGGUGACAGUUACCAUAAUUACUUUUCCACCUGUUUUGGUGAUGCGUCUUUCGUAGACUUCGGCAGUUCGGAACAGUUUUUGCUAAGGUGUCUGCAAUACUCUACAUGUAAAGUUGGUUUAGGUUUUUGGACUUUUAAAAAGGAAUCCUACGGGAGCCUGCUCCCUGCAUUCAGUAAAUGUGUCUGUAGAAGCUGCCGGUUCGAUUUAUAAAUGUCGUCUUGGACGAGAACGAGUAAGGCGCAGCAGCGCAUCCAUAAAGAACGCGCACAGCCGGAAUCUCGUCGGAAACUUGGAUUUUUGGAGAAGAAAAAAGACUACAAGAUCCGUGCGAUAGACCAUGAGAAGAAAGACAGAACCAUUAGAUCGCUUAGGCAGAAGGCUUUGGAUAAAAAUCCUGAUGAAUUUUAUUUUCACAUGCAUAAUUCGAAAUUAGUGGAUGGAAAACACAUUGAAAAGGAGAAGGAAGAGGAAGCCACAGAUGCCCAGAAGAUGCUGAUGAAAAGCCAGGAUCUGGCGUACGUCAGAUCGAAGCGGAUAUCCGAAAUGAAGAAAAUCGAGGCAUUGAAGGCGUCCUUAGCAGGAACAUUUAUCGGGGGCAACACAAAGCACACAUUUUUCGUCGAUUCGGAGGGCGAUAAAAAUGUUGUAAAAGAACGUUUGAGCAGGAGUCAUAUUGCAGAAGAAGCGGAUAAUUCUGUGGAGCUGACUGCUGAUCCUUUGAUUGGAAAAGAAAGAAAAAAACUGCUGAAAGAACUAAGAUUACGGGUGGACCGAGAAAAAGAGCUACGAACGACCGAAGAGAAACUUCAAACUCGGAGGAAUUUACUGGAAAAGCGAAAACCGGUAAAAAUUAAGGAAGGCACAAAAGAUAGCCCAGCUGUGUACAAAUGGACAUUUCAACGCAAACGAUGAAGUUCACACGCGAAGCUAUCCCAUGGAUAGAAGAAAUGUCUUUUAGCCAAUCCACACUGCGAUUCUAUCUCUUUCUCCUAAUGGGAAAAUUAAAAUUGAUUUAAACCAAAGCGUAGCGUUAAUUUAUAGAACUGCUAAAUUGUUCGUGCUUACCAUCUGGGUUUAGCUCGGGCACCCAUAAAGCCAUAUUUCUUUCGUUCUCUUAUUCGUCUGUCAUGAGUAAGAAGUCCAGCUGCAACAAGAAGAUUUCAACUUUGGAAAUUAAUUCUUUAG